AUGGAUAGUUUUUCUCUAGCUGUUGGUGCAGCUUCUGCACUAUUUAUACUUCUUUGCAUGUUGAACAAUUUUGAUUGCUUAAAGAAUGGAAGGCCAGAUAAGGAUUAUCUCAAAUAUAGAUGGCAACCCACUGGGUGCAAUUUAUCUAGGUUUAAUGCGACAAAAUUUCAACUCAAAUUGAAGGGCAAGCGGUUGAUGUUUGUAGGAGAUUCACUAAGCCUUGAUCAAUGGCAAUCUCUCACUUGUAUGCUACAUGCAGCCGAUCCACAAGCUGAUUGGGAUCUUGUUCAAGAUGGCAACUCUACAUGCAAAAACGCACCCCGGUUAAUCUUAUACGAGAAAGCACUAAAUACCUGGGCAAAAUGGGUGGAUUCAGAAGUUGAUACAACAAAAACUAAAAUAUUUUUUCAAGGAGUUUCUCCUGACCAUGACAAUUGUGCCAGAGUAACGCAACCAUUGAAGAGUACACAAGGAACUCAUCCAGGAGAAUUGAUACUAGAGAAGGAUUUGAGAGGGAUGAGUAAACCAGUUCAUUUAUUGAACGUAACAACAUUGUCACAGUACAGAGCAGACAGACAUCUCUACUAA